CGAAACACACGAAGGAACAAACAUGUUGAGACGUAAAUUAAUAAUUAAAAUCAAAAAAUAUAGUAUAAUAUUCUUUGCGAUCCUUUUGGUUGUUAUAUGGGCCAACUAUGCUUCCCGCGUCAAGGACGGUGAUGACACCGUUGGCCCAUUUCCUCAUAGCAAGGAUCAGGCGAACACUACGGCACACCUAUCACGCUUGGACAGACUGUACGAGCUGGCCAAGUGGCAGCACGUGCUGAAUCGGCAAUUCUACGAAUGGAAGUGGAAGCAAGCCCUAACGUCCUCCAAAAUGACCACGGCACAAAGCUUAGACACCACACGCAGCAAUGAUGAUCUGCUGUUUAAGUACAGAAAGCAAAGGAAAACAGCCAAGCCAGCGAAUCGUUACUUUGUGUACAGUCACAAGUGCAAGAUUCCCUACGCGGAUCCCUUCUCCAGCGAGGCCCUGGCCCUACACACUCCAGCCAAACUGAGGACUUGCACGAAUGAGUCGGAUCUGAUUACGCUGAGCUUUGAUCUGAAACUUCAGACAUACAAGAUGCAAGUGAAUACCGAAGUGCUUGUCGAAUUGGAUCCGAACAUCACUCAGCUGACUUGCAGCUAUCAAGAGGUGAGAAGCGUUAAAGAUGCCACCGGAAAGUUCUUCAGUGUACUUCUCCCACCCGUCGACAUGACAGACAACAUGGCUUUGGAUAGGAAUAUAAGCGGAAUAUUAGCCGAGUGCCGUGAUAAAAAGAACGCAUCCAGAAUCGUUCAGCGGGAUGCCUUCCCGCUCGUGCAAGUGAUCCCGAAGACAUCACGGACUGAGUCCCAUCCCUUGCCCAGGCAGCCCAGCGUCAUUAUGCUGGGCCUGGACACCAUGUCGCGGAUGAACUUUAAGCGCACAAUGCCAAAGACUGCCGAAUAUGUGCAACAGUUGGGCUGGUUCGAGAUGGAAGGCUACAACAAAGUGGCGGACAAUACGUUUCCAAAUCUGUGCACUGUUUUGGCUGGUGGCAAGCCAGCGCAACUCGAUAAAGUAUGUGAAGAGCAUAGCUCGUGUCCUUGGAUAUGGAGGGACUUCAAGGAAGCAGGCUAUUCGACGGCUUACGGGGAAGAUAUAACAGCAGAUUCCGUCUUCACAGGAUCAGGCAAUGCGCCUGACUUUACUCUACGCCCUUUUCUAUCGGGCCUCACUGAGUCGAUGCACAUCUUCAGGAGAUUUGGUUACGACUAUUGUGUGGGUAGACGACUAGCCAUUUCGUAUCUGUACGAUUUUUGUAUGCAGUUCACCCAAAGAUUAAUCGAGGAGUUGGAACAACCUGCCUUUGGCUUCUUCUGGAGCUGCACCCUCACACACGACUAUCAUUACGGAACUUCCAGCCUGGAUGGAUUAUUUUUAGACUACCUAAAGACCCUCGAGAAGCAUAAGAUCUUUGGAAAUGCCAUCGUGAUUCUGUUCAGCGAUCAUGGUGAGAGGUUUGGUGAUCUUGUCGCCCUGCCAGAUGGGUUUCUGGAGGAACGUUUGCCCAUGCUGCACAUCUACUUGCCCCCUUGGUUCCGCAAGACGUAUCCCAGUUAUGCCCAGUCCCUCCAACUGAAUCGAAACCGCCUGUCGUCUCCCUACGAUCUACACAACACGCUGCGGCACAUUCUCCAGCUGAAUGCAACGAAACCUGAAGAUCUUCCUCCGCUGGAAAAUUGUCCCACCAGUCAAUCUCUUUUCCACCCAUUGCCACAGGAACGCAGCUGCGUGGAUGCCUGCAUCGGGGAUCACUGGUGCACUUGCAAAGAAUUUCUUUCCGUUAAGCUAAACGGAGUGGCAUACAACAUUGUUAAGCUGACGCUGUAUUAUAUCAAUCGUUGGAUGCUGGUGCACCAUUUCAACAGACAUUGCGAUCGGCUGUUGCUCGCGGAACUAGAUCAUGCUGAGCGGAAGCUGUUGGGUGUUGAUAAUGACAAGGAGACCUUGUACGGUACCAUUAUGAUCUAUCGCCUGCGCUUUCGUACCUUUCCACAUGAGGGUCACUUUGAGGCCACGGUGCGCUACCACAGUGAUCGCCAGAUGUUGGUUGACUUCGAUUUAGAAGACAUCAGUCGCUUGAACAGAUAUCACAAUGAUUCGCUCUGCAUCAAUAAUAAAAUUGCCAGGAAGUUUUGCUUCUGCUUUAAAGAAGGAAACACCAAUCCCGAGUGGCAGAGCUUGCUAAUCAAUUUUAAGGAAGGUGAGGAAAAAAGUCAAACAGAUUCUGUUGUCGCACUGGAACCAAUCGAUGUUCCAGCUUUGUAAUUAAAUGU